CGGAAGUUAACGUCUCCGUGCUGAGCGCGAACCUGAGGAGAUGAACCCUUUAACUAAAGUGAAGCUGAUCAACGAGCUGAAUGAGCGUGAGGUCCAGCUUGGGGUGGCAGAUAAGGUGUCCUGGCACUCUGAGUACAAGGACAGCGCCUGGAUCUUCCUGGGAGGGCUUCCUUAUGAACUGACUGAAGGGGACAUCAUCUGUGUGUUCUCACAAUAUGGGGAGAUUGUUAACAUUAAUCUGGUACGGGACAAGAAGACUGGGAAAUCCAAAGGAUUCUGUUUCCUUUGCUAUGAAGACCAGAGGAGCACAAUUUUGGCUGUUGACAAUUUUAAUGGAAUCAAGAUCAAAGGAAGAACUAUCCGAGUGGAUCAUGUGUCUAACUAUCGGGCUCCUAAGGACUCAGAAGAAAUGGACGAUGUGACCAAAGAGCUCCAGGAGAAGGGCUGUGGGGCUCACACCCCCUCCGUGAGUUCAUCUGAGGGUUCCGAAGAUGACAAACCCACAAAAAAAUACAAAAAAGACAAAAAGGAGAAAAAGAGAAGAAAGAAAGACAAAGAGAAGACUGACCAGGAAGUACAGGCAGAGCAGCCAGUCUCCUCUUCAUCCCCCAAAAACCAGAUGGAAAAGGAAAAGGAUGACCCUGGCUCUAAAAAGCACAGCACCAAGAACCCAGAGAGGGGUCAGAAGUCAGAACCCAGAGAGGUGCGCAAGCACCACCACAGCUCUCCCGAGGUCAAGACCACCUGCCGCAGCAGAGCAGAGGACAGAGAGAGGGAGCCGAGGAAGGAGAAGCCCAGGCACGAACGUAGGUCCUCAAGCAGGAGGAAAGAAAGAGAAGAAAAGAACAGAGAUAGAGAGAGAGAGAAGGAUAGAGAGAGAGAAAGAGAGAGAGACAGAGACAGAGACAGAGACAGAGGCCGAAGCUCAGACACGCAUUCCAGCCGGCACAAUGGGCGUUCUGAGGGGCAUAGCCGGAGAGGUAGAAGCAGGAGCCGAGAGAGAUCGCACAGGCAUAAGAGGGCCCGGCACUCGCGUGACCGGGACUCCUCCAACCCCAGUGACCGCAGGCACCACUGAAGCUGCGGCCUGUUUGACAGUCUACUAGUACUGGAAAUAGACUUGAUCUUGAAAAUGCAGUCAUACUCAAUUACACUUUUACUGUUACUGUGAGUAAAAUCUCUGGGCUAAAUUCUUCAAAUCCCUUGAGUAUGAGAGUCAUCGAGAGCUGUAGUCUUAACAGCCACAUAUCCUAUACUUUUGACAAAAUCCAUUGUUCCUGGGAACAUGCUCAGGACUUAAAUUUGGUUUCGUAAAUAUGGCCCUUGAAUUUACGACCCCAGUUUAUGACAUAAUUGCCAGGAAAGGGGAAAUACCAGGCAAUCUAGGGAUUCUAGUCUUUGUGCUAGAUGUUUAGGUGGCAAGCCAGUUGGCAGGUAUAGCCAUAGAAUAGAAGAGUGUGGUUUAACUAGAUUUGGACAGCUUGAUGGGAAGGGGAUAGUGAUUCUUAACACCAGCCCCCUCUCUCUGCCCCCUGCCCUCCUUUAAAACAUUUUUUAAACAUCUGUUUUUCAAUGUCCAUGCACCGCCUCACUAUUUAUUUAUUUAUUUAUUUAUUUAGAUCGAGGUGAAAUUCACAUAACAUCAGAUUAACCAUUUUAAAGGGAAUGAUCCAGUGGCCUUUGGUACCUUCACAGUGUUGUAAAACCACCACUCCUGUGUAGUUCUAAAACAUUUCCAUCACUCCAGAAUGAAACGCUGUGCCCAUUAAGCAGUUACUCUCCAUUCCCCCCUCUUUGUCUCUGUCAGCCACCAAUCUGCUUUUCAUUCCUAUAGAACUACCUAUUCUGCACAUUUUAUGCAAGUGGAAUCGUACAAUAUAUGGCCUUUUGUGUUUGGUGUCUUUCACUUAGUAUAUUUUUGAGGUUCAUCCAUGUUGCGGCAUGGAUCAGUACUUUGUUCCUUUUUAUGGCUAUCCAUGGCAUGGAUAGACCACAUUUCGUUUAUCCAUUCCUUGGUGGAUGGACAUUUGGAUUGUUUCUACCUUUUGGCUAGCCAGCUGUGUUUCCACAUUUCAGACACGCCAGGCCACUUUUGGGCCAUUUCCUUUUCAAGUAGCUGUUCUUGCUGAGAUGGGAACACUUUGUCAGCUUCAUUGCGUAUCUCUCUGGUCGCCUUGACAGGUUUUUUGUUUUUGUUUUUUUUCUCAUUUUGAGAACCUUGUCCUUUUAGUUUUUCAGUCAGUCCCUUAUUGAGUUAGGUAGGAAUUAGUUUGCAGGACCAUAACACCGCUGCUGAAUUACUAAGCUUGCACUUCUGACCCUUUAAACAAAGGAACAGAGCUUUAAUAGUGAGCACAUUUAAUUAGUUUACUUGGUAUGUUAGUUUGGGUCCAAGAUUAGAUGUGCAAGAGACUUUGUUUUUAGGAGAAAAUGCCCAUGAAAGAAAAUGGGAAAGGAGGCUGGAGAAGUCUGGAAAAGCAGUCAGACUCUGAUAGAAGUCUAACCUCUGGAGAAGAGGGAAGGCAAGAAGGAAGGUUGGGUAGGAAAAAGGCUUAAACUGCUAUGGAGUUGUGAGAAUGUUUGAGCAAGACCAGUGAAAUGGGAGUCCUAGAGCCAAAGCACCUGUCAGAGGAUUCCCACUAGAUCAGCUUUGGUAAGCAGGAGUCCUUGCUCUUGGGCCAUGGCACUCUCUUUAUGUGUCCAUCAUCCCAGUUGUGUAGUAGCCACUGACAAAAGGCCUAUGCACCUCAGUCAUUUUGUUUGCCUGGCAGUUUAGUGCCUCUUCCGUGGUGGAUGCUCUGAUGAAUGUUAGCAUGUGAUACAAAAGUAUUCACACUUUGCCUUAUCUCUCACAUGUCAGUCCACAGUUUUUACACCAUACCUCCUUGUCUCUAAUUUUUACCUCUUGUCCUUCCAGUCUCUCAACUGGAUGGCCAGGCCACUGGCCACUGCCCAGGAGUCUGUGUAUACCCAAUAAAGAGUCUCACAUUAUGCCUCUUCUUUUACACCAAGUCAGGUGUACUACGUUAGAUCCCAUUCAUUGGAAGAUGUUUCCUUCUCCACCCCUGACUGUGGCGGUAAGGCAGAUACCAUUCAUCAUCACUUUGUGUCCACAUACUGAACGAACCCACAUAAAAACCAAGCUCAAGCUGUUUUCUGCCUCAGCUGGUCAUACAGGGACCCCCAUUUGGCUAGAGGUGCAAAGAUAGAGGGGCUACCAUUCUUUGCAUCUUCUAGGUUUUUAAUAGUAGCACUGAUCUACUCUGGCUCCACUGAGAUGUAAUAUUGUUUUGAUUUAUGUAUCAAUUAGGGUUUUACCAGGAAAAUAACCAGUAGGAUAUGUAUAUCUUGCUGUAAGCCAAUUCCUAAUGAGAAAACAUGCAGGCAUACCUCAUUUUAUUAUGCUUUGCUUAAUUGUGUUUCACAGAUAAACUGUGGUUGUUUUUGUUUUGUUUUUUGUUUUUUUUUUCAAAGUAAGGGUUUGUGGCAACCCUGUGUGAAACAAGUCUCAGUGUCAUUUUUCCAACAGCAUUUUCUUCGUUUCUCAGAUUUUGAUAAUCACAUUUCAAACUUUUUCAUUAUUAUUACAUUUGUUACAGUAAUCUGUGAUUGAUGGUUUUGAUUUACUGAAAGCUCAGAUAUUGGUUAGCAUUUUUUAGCAAUAAAGUAUUUUUA